AUGACUCGAGCACAAAAGAACGCUCAAGAAGCAAGAACGAUGACAGAAGACGAGGAAACUGAGGAUAAGAAAGAAGAACUUCAAGAGGAAGGAAAGCCAGAGGAAGAAGAAAAGGUGGUCUUAUCACCUAAAACCAAGAGUCAAAAGGCAAGAGAAGCUAAGAAGGAAGAAUCACCAGUCUUGCCGCAGGAUCUUCCGUAUCCUAAGGUGCCAACCAAGAAGAAUAAAGAGCGCUACUUCAAGCAUUUAUUAGAAAUAUUUAAAGGACUGGAGAUUACCAUGCCAUUCGGGGAAGCCUUACAACAGAUGCCCCUUUAUUCUAAGUUCAUGAAAGACAUCAUCACUAAGAAGAGGAAAUAUAUAGACAGCGAAAACAUUGUAGUAGGAGGCAACUGUAGCGCGAUCAUUCAAAGGAAGCUACCUAAAAAGUUCAAGGACCCCGGAAGCGUUACCAUCCCAUGCACUAUAGGAAAAGAAACGGUAGAUAAAGCCUUCAUUGAUCUAGGGGCAAGCAUCAAUUUGAUGCCCUUAUCAAUGUGUCGACGAUUUGGGAAUCUGAAAAUUGAUCCCACUAGAAUGACACUUCAAUUGGUAGACCGCUCAAUUACGAGACCAUACGGGGUUGUAGAAGAUGUCCUGGUCAAGGUUCGCCACUUCACUUUUCCGGUGGACUUUGUCAUCAUGGACAUCGAUGAGGACACAAAAAUUCCCCUUAUCUUAGGCAGACCCUUCAUGUUGACUGCCAACUGUGUGGUAGAUAUGGGGAACGGAAGCUUGGAACUGAGUAUUGACAAUCAGAAGAUCACUUUCGAUAUUUUUAAAGCAAUGAAGUAUCCACGGGAAGGUUGGAAGUGCUUCAAGAUAGAAGAGAUUGACAGGGAUGAUAAGGUCAAUAUUCUGGAUACACCACACACUUCACUGGAGAAAGAAAUAGUAAACAAGAUGGACUGUCUCACCAGUGAAGAAGAAGAGGAUCACAAGGCCUGCUUGGAAGACUUGGAUCGACAAGAAGUCAUUCCUGAGAAAGAAGUUUGUUUUCAGAUAUUAGAGAAAGAGGCUUUGCCCGAGAAAAAAGAAGGUUGA